AUGGCUGCCGACAACGGAGAGGCCAACACCCAGGACACCUCGGUGUCCAACAUGGUCACGACGUUGAUUUCCAACGGAGUGACGCUCGGCGUGUUUUUCAUUGCCUUUCUCAUUCUGCGACCCAAGUUCAAGCGAAUCUACCAACCCCGAUCGUUCCUGCCAACGGUGCCGGAGCGAGAGCGAACCGAACCGCAGGCCGUGUCCCCGGUGUCGUGGCUGAUGCAGCUGUGGCACAAGAAGGACUCGCGAAUUCUGGAGGAGGCCGGACUCGACGGCUACUUCUUCCUGCGAUACAUCCGACUGUCGUUCAUCAUUGUGGUUGUGGGCAUUGUGCUUCUGUACCCCAUUCUGCUGCCCGUCAAUGCCACUGGCAAGGGAGAUGCCGGGGGUCUCAACCUGCUGGGCUUCACAAACAUUCUGUCGCCCUCCGAGUCCAACCGAUUCUACGCCCACGUUCUGCUUGGCUGGAUCUUCUUUGGAUUCUGUCUGUUUAUGAUCUACCGAGAGUUUGUCUACUUCAUUUCCAUCCGACAGGCGGUUCUGACCUCCCCCGCCUACUCCACCCGACUCUCGUCGCGAGUCGUGCUCAUCACCUCGCUGCCCGAAGACUACCAGGACGAGACCGAGCUGCGAAAGCUCUUCCGAGGCGUGCACACCGUCUACGUGUCGCGAAACUUCAAGAAGAUUGAGAAGAAGGUUGCCGAGCGAGAAAAACUAGCUGGCAAGCUGGAGGGAGCCGAAAACAAAAUGAUCAAGAUGGCUAUCAAAAACAAGCUUAAGGCCGAAAACAAGGGCAAGACCCCCAAGGAUCUGUCGUUCCAGGACGGAAAUAUGUCCACGUUUGUGCUCGACAAGAAGCGACCCACUCACCGACUCAAGUUCCUCAUUGGAGAGAAGGUUGAUACCAUCAACUACGCCCGAACCGAGGUGGGCAAGCUGAACCGAGAGAUUGAAGACAUGCAGGCCCAUCUAGACCAGAACGACAAGCUAAACUCCGCGUUUGUGCUCUUCAACACCCAGGAGGACGCCCAGGUCGCCUACCAGCUGCUUGCCCACCACAAGGCUCUGCACGCUGCCCCUCGAUACACCGGUAUCUCUCCCGACGAGGUCAUCUGGUCCAACCUGCGAGUCAAGUGGUGGGAGCGAGUCACCAAGGCCAUGGUUGUCAAGGCCUUCCUGACCGCCCUGAUUGUGCUGUGGGCCAUCCCUGUGGCUGUGGUUGGUUCCUUCUCCAACAUCAAGUCGCUGACUGGUCUUGUUCCCUUCCUCGACUUCCUCAACAACCUGCCCUCGCAGCUGCAGGGUCUGGUGUCUGGUCUGCUCCCCACCAUUCUUAUGGCUGUGCUCAUGAUGCUGCUUCCCAUCAUCAUCCGACAGUGUGCCAAACAGGCUGGUUGCCCCACCACUACCCGGGUCGAGUACUACACACAGAACGCCUACUUUGCUUUCCAGUUUGUUAACGUCUUCCUCAUCACCACCUUUGCCUCUUCUGCAGCUGCCACCGUCAAGGCCAUCAAGGACAACCCAGGAUCCGUCAUGACGAUGCUGUCCGGUAAUUUGCCCAAGUCGUCUAACUUCUUUGUGUCCUACAUCAUGCUGCAGGCCCUGUCUUUCCCUGGUGGUGCCCUGCUGCAGAUUGUCGCUCUGAUUCUCUUCAAGCUGCUCGGCACUCUGCUCGACAACACUCCCCGUAAGAUGUGGACCCGAUACAACAUUCUUGGCUCUACCUCCUGGGGAACUGUCUUCCCCAUGUACACGUUCCUGAUUGUUGUUUCAAUCGCCUACGCGUGUGUCUCGCCCAUCAUCCUUGUCUUUUCCGCCGUUGGUUUCGCUCUCAUCUACCUCGUUUUCCUCAACAACCUGGUAUACUGCGAGGUGCCUGCUGAUGGGCGAGGAAUCUACUACUCUCGAGCUCUGCGACAAACCAUGCUCGGCAUUUACUUUGGCCAGAUUUUCAUGCUGGCUCUGUUCAUUAUGGCAAAGUCUUGGGGACCGCUUGCUCUGCAGGUCAUCUUCCUCGUCUUCACCUGCUUCUUCCACAAGACCAUGCUCAAGGCCUUCAACCCUCUGCUGGACGCUGUGCCCAUCAACCUGAUGCGAGAGUGUGCUGUCGGCGCCCCCGAGAAGCAGCGUCUUCUUGAUGCCCCUCCUCGUCUCUCUGGUGACGUCUUCUCUGACGCCCAUGCCUACCUUCCCGAUGAGCAAGGCAAUAUCAGGGCUACACAUUCUGCCAACCUGGGUGUUCCUCAGGAGCACCCCAUUCUGUCUUCUGAGAAGGAUGGCGUUGAGACCGAUACUGAGAAGAUUGCUACCACCACCAACACGUACACCUCGUACGACGGCGGUGAGGAUCCUCACUACCGACCUCCCACCCACCAGUCGACCAUCAUGCAGUUCCUCAGUCCCUACGAGCAGCUGGCUCCUCGACAUCUGCAGAAGACUUUCCUGACUCCCUACUUCCACGAGCCUGCUGCUCCUCUGACCAUUGAGCAGGAGAAGGCAGCCUUCCUGCACCCUGCCACAUCUGCUCCUGGUCCUCUCAUCUGGAUGGCGCAGGAUCCCUAUGGACUCUCUACCGUGGAGGUUGAGGAGACUGAGGCUGCUGGGGUGGAUGCCACCGACAAGGGAGCUUGGUACAAGAUUGAGGAGGUGAACAAAAAGGGCAAGAAGAAGGAGGCGAUUGAGUUUGCCGAGCUUGGCCACAUUCCCAUCUGGGACACUCCUGUGGAUUACUAG